AUCCCUCUCCCCCCCCCCGCUGAGUGAUCACCUCUGAGGUGGGGAGGCGGGCGGAGGGCGCGGGCGCCGAUGUAAGGCCGGCCCCGCAUCGCAGACCCAGGCCAGGCUCCCCCGGUCCCCGGCGAUGCUGCCCAGCGCCCUCGCUUGGCACUGCGGAAGUUCCGCGGCGCUCCUCAGCUUGCCCGCGGCGCCGGGCUUCGGCAACCUCGGCAAAAGUUUCCUGAUCGAGAACUUGCUGAGGGCGAGCGGAGCCUCGCAGGCGCCCGCCCAGAGCCUGCCGGCCGCCCCGGCGGCGCUCAGCUCUUCGGCCGCCGAGAGCCGGGCUGCGGAGGACCGAGGAGGAGGAGGAGGAGGAGGAGGCACCUUCCCGCCACCAGCCACAGCUCUUCCAAAGCACUUUUUCUUGCGAGCCCCGCCAGUCUAUUCGGCGUGCUGCGGUGGGUCCUGUCAACACCCGGCAUCUCCCACUGCUUUUGCAAGACAAGAAAGUGUUCUACCUCUACUAAACCAAGAUUCCAGAUCCCGGAGAGGCAUCUUAAGAAGAGCUGUCUUUUCUGAAGAACAAAGAAAAGCUUUGGAGAAAAUGUUUCAAAAACAGAAAUAUAUCAGCAAAACUGACAGAAAGAAAUUAGCUCUCAGUCUGGCCUUAAAAGAGUCACAGGUUAAAAUUUGGUUUCAAAAUCGAAGGAUGAAAUGGCGAAACUCCAAAGAAAAAGAAGUGCUUUCAAGUCGGUGCCUGCCAGAGGAAGGUCUUCAAGAGACCUGUCUUUCCAAAUCUGCCUUGAAUUUUACCUCUUCAUCAUGUUCUGCCUGGGAAAUGUCUACAGAGCAGCCAAGUCCACGAUGGCAGAAUCACCCAGACCAUUCUGAGAGACGGAACAACAGCAGAAGGAACUUGCAACCAGCAACAAAAGCAAGCGUGUCUCCCGACUCACUGUAUCUGUAUCAAUAACAAGGGACCAUGGACAAAGCGAUUGGAUCAUAAGGGUGGGGAAUGAUGGCGUAAAAUGGCAGCAGAGUACCGAUUUCAGGCGAAACCCUUUUGUGACAGCAAACGUGUCCAGCUUUGCACAGGCUGGAAUGCCUCUUAGUUUGAUCCACUGAAGACUUCAAGCAAAGUUAUGUAGCUGUGAAAAUGCGACACAUUGACUCUACCCCAUAUGAGUGAGGUCAGUUAUUGGGACCCUGAAGCUCACCACUGCUAUGACACUUAUAGAGUCUGCCUAGUUUGUACCUGUAAGGGUGGGCUGAUUCAUGAGAGGGAAUAAAGGACAGAGCUGCGAGUCUGUUCCCAAGACUACUAAACUGUGUCAACUGCUAAGCUAUACAUUGGUUAGGGAAGGCCCCUUCCUGAAUAUAGCAGAAAAGGAAAACGAUGGAGACCUUCAUGGCAUCUGAAGUGUAUCUAAUUGUUCAUUUUACCUUACUAAAGUGUGAGAAUUCCUUUAUGGAAUUCUUUGCAUUUGGAAAUGGGGACAAAUGCAGACAAAUUCUUCACCUACUCCAACAAUUCUCAUCACAUAAUGAGAACAAAUACCAAGUCACUGAAUACAUUGCAGAGGUUUGUAGCUUUUUGAAGCAUAUUUUACAUGGCUUCCAGUUAACUGUGGGCUAAACCGCAGAAGCCUGUGCUGUGGGCUAAACCGCAGAAACUGCGCUGUGGGCU